AUGCCGUUUCAGUUGCAAUGGCAGCAGCAACAACAACAACAACAACAGCAGCAACAACAGCAACAACAACAGCAACAGCAGCAGCAGCAGCAGGAGGAGGCCAGCAAUGUGGACGAUGCCGCCGCCGAUGAGUUCGCGGGGCCUGGUGCCUUCAGCAACCCCAAUCCCAUGAAUUUGGUGCCUGAGAACUUCGGCUUUGUCGACUUCCUACGUGCCUGGUCCUAUCACGGUCAUACUGUCGGAAAGGGCAGGUAUCCUCGCCUGAACAGAGUGGUGGAGCAAGGACGUAGUCGCGACGUCACUUGCGUAGAAUAUGGUCAGCUCGAGGGUGAUAAGUAUGAUUUACAGGGCAUUGAUUGGGAGGACAUUGGUGUUGCCAGACGCGAGGCCCGGCUUCGUCGUGGACGCACCUAUAGAAACUACGUCAACAAGGAGCUCUCGGAUCAGUGGCAUAUUGAUGACAGGAGGAUUCCAGCCGACAACAACUUCUUUCGGUUUCGGAGAAUGAAUAUACGCCAUGAUACUCGCUUGCUGCAUUUCCAGCUGCGCAAUAUCCUGGGAUGCGCCUCGCGGACGCAAGUUUUCUACCCAAGUUGUGGCCAUGUCCGCCAGCUGGAUCCCACGACGGGCAGGACGAAGAAGGCCAUGGGCCUUGAGGCCGAUGGUGAUGUGCAACUAUCAACCAUGACAGCUAAUGAGGAAGUGCUUGUGGCUGGUGACUUCGCCGGCAACUACCGUUACCGCAGUGUCAACUCCGAGGACCGAGCCUGUGUGGAAGGGAGACUGACUAGUCAUGCUAGCGGUAUUACGAACCACCUUCAAGUUCACUCGUCUCGGCAUUCAUCCGCACCGCUGGCGGCUUUUGCGUCGAAUGACCACGGCUUUCGGAUCGUUGACCUCAACACGAAUACUAUUAUCCAGGAAGACAUGUACACAUUUCCCUUGAACUGCUCAACUGUCAGUCCCGACAAGAGGCUUCGGGUCAUGGUGGGUGACGAUGUGAACGUUUUGAUUACCGAUGCCGAGUCCGGCGAGAUCUACCAGAGUCUCGCUGGUCAUCGGGACUACGGCUUUGCCUGCGACUGGGCGCCGGACGGUCAUACUGUUGCCACGGGAUUUCAAGAUAAGACCAUCAGGAUAUGGGACGCACGGAAUUGGGCGGAACCGAUGGCCGUAAUACGGACUGAGAUGUCGGGAGCACGCAGUCUACGAUUCUCGCCUCUCGGUUCUGGAAAGCGCGUCCUGGUUGCGGCAGAGGAGGCGGAUAUCAUCAGCAUCAUUGACGCGCAGACUUUCGAUCGCAAACAGGAUAUCGAUGUAUUUGGCGAGAUCGGCGGCACUGCAUUUGCCAAUGGCGGUCAAGACCUGAUGGCUUUGGUUUGCGAUCGUGCCCGGGGCGGACUGCUUCAACUGGAACGCUGCGAUGCCGGCGCCGAGGACACUUUCGACUUCGGGAAGAAAUCCACCUCCAGCAAAAAGAAUCGCAGGACACAUGAAUGGGAGCCUGAUCCAGGCUACGACUGGGUACAAGACCCCAAGGAUAUACUGGAACGCCCAACAUCACAGGAAACGUUUACUCGACGUAGAAGAAAAGCAGCUCUGGCGGGGAAACUGGACCCAUUCUGA